AUGAAGUCAUUCUCCAAAUUACAAGCUCGUCUUGGACAUCUAAAGCAGCGGAUGCUUCGUCACAAAGAUUUUGGAGAGCACUGCAUGAAAACUGAACUCAGGAGGUGCCUGACCACUCCACAGCUUACCCUUCUGGGUAUAGGUAACACAAUUGGUGUUGGCAUCUACGUGAUGCUGGGAGUGAUGGCCAAGGAGAAUGCUGGUCCCUCAGUGGUGUUAUCCUUUAUGGCGGCUAUCUUUGUGACCAUGAUGAAUGCCCUGGUGUUUGCUGAGUUUGCCACGUUUGUUCCCCAGACUGGAGCUUGCUACGUCUACAUAUACAGGGUUUUGGGAGAGUUCCUGGCUUUCCUGGUUGGCUGGGUGAUGUUGAUCACAUUUGCACUAUCCAGUUCUGUCGGUGCACGUGCCUGGAGUGGCAUGGUGGACUCAUUCUUCAACCACACUAUCCAGGAGAAAACAAAUGAGAUUUUUGGAAAAAUACAGUUUGGGCUGCCAUUUGCAGAAUCCUUAGACAUUCUGGCAUUUGUCUUUCAAAUCAUUGUCGUGUGUAUUAUCUCCUGCAAUGUUUUCUGCUCGUCGAUCAUCAACACAAUCCUGGGCAUUAUCACAUCGUCAGUGCUUAUCUUUGUCUUCAUCGCUGGCUUCAUCUACGGAGAUGUACACAACUUCACGAAUGCUGCGCAUGGAGGCUUCAUGCCUUUUGGUUUGGCUGGUGUUGUCAAGGGCGCUUCAAUGGCGAUAUAUGCUACCAGUGGCUUUGAGAUUGUCUCUCUGUCUGCAGAGGAAGCCAAAGAUCCAGCAAAGUCUGUGCCAAGAGCCAUUAUUUUGGAACUACUACUAGUGGGAACCAUAUACAUCGGAGCUGCCAUUGGCAUGUUGUAUCUCAUCCCUUAUUACCUGAUAGACCUGAGGGCACCGUUGCCAUCUGCUUUUGAUUAUAAUGGUGUCACUUGGGGCAAGUUCAUCGUCACCAUCGGCCCUCUGUUUGGGAUUACCAACUUGCAAAUGCUGGGCUUAUAUGGGCUCUCCAGAAUUCUCUACAGGAUGGCCAAAGAUGGGCUCUUUUUCCAGUGGUUCUUGAAGGUGAACAAAAGAACAGGUAUACCGCUCAACAGCGUGCUGUUUGUGGGUGCGAUUACAUCAGUUUCUGCUCUUCUGUUUGACCUGUCGUAUAUAGUGAAAGUGACUGUGCUAUUAAUGCUGCUUAACUACAUGGUUGUAGGGUCAGCUUUGAUCAAGCUGAAGAUUACAGAGUGCAACAAAAUGAAGCUGAUUCAGACAGUAGAGAAGCCAACAGCAGAUGAAGCCCAGUCAAAGCUGCUUGAAAGUUUCUAUGACCAUGAGGUGGUUGUCAGCGAGUACGAGACCUGUGAGAGUGCGGAAAGUCCAGAGGUAGAAGCAGCCGAACCGGAGGACCCUGGUUCAAAAGUUGAUGAAGUUUUGAUCGACUUCACCAGUGACCCUGAUGUCAAAGGUGACAUCCUAGCAACCACAUUUGAUUCUUCCGAAGAGGCUGCAGCAAGCAGAGGAGAGAAAUAUUUGCCCGAAGCUAAUGCAAAAAAGAAUAUUUUGAUCGACUCUAACUCUAAACCAGAUAAAGGGACAGCUGUGAAAGAUCGAAACUCUGUAUCCGAAAAAAGUCAGGCACCUCAUUCAGCUGGUAGUAGUAGAGAGGACCUUGUGUCUACAGAUGGCAGUCCUGCUAGUACAGCUGCUGCUGUCUCCAAACAGAUGCCUUUGUGGAAGCAAGGCAACAGUACAAAUAUAAGUAACAAUUGUAAUGAUAACGACAGUGACGAUCAGCAGACACUUUUCCAGAAAACAUGUGGCAUUUCCUCCAACAAGAACAAUGCUCUCCGAGAGUCUGACAAUCAGAAAAGGACCAGCAGUGCCACAGCCACCCCUGGAGAAGUCACCCAGUCCUGUAAGAACAGGUGUGCAAAGUUCAUGGCCCCAUUUGUGCCAGGUGUCAUUUCUGUGAACACUUUGUUAGCUUUUCAUUGGAUUUGUUGUGUGGUCAUAUCCUAUCAGUUGAACUUUGGUUGGCAAGAUCUGACUGCCGUCAAGCCACUGGCCAUAUCGUCACUGGCCGCCUUGGCUAGUUUACUGGUGAUUUUCUCAUUCCUCUUGUGGACACAGUGUGGAGCAACAGCCGUCACCGGAUUCCAGACGCCACUAAUGCCUCUGGUACCAACAGCCUCCAUCUUGUCAAGUUCUGCUUUGUUGCUGUCAGGAGGGGAGCUGGUGGGAUUCAUGGAGGUCAUCAUCAUUGUGUCCAUUGGUGCUGUGGUCUACAUAAUAAUGGUUCUAGUCGGCUAUGAAUCUGAGCUCCAGGUGCCUCACUCGGAGGACUGUGAGCAGAGAAAGGCAUUGGUUGGUGGCAGUGGAGAUGAUGCUGAUGAUGAAGUAGACUCUGAAGAUGAACUUUGA